AUGUAUAGACUUCAGCUUCUCACUACCAGAUUUGAAAAUCUAAAGAUGAAAGAUGAUGAGAAUAUCCAUGACUUUCACAUGAGUAUUCUUGAAAUAGCUAAUUCAUCUAGUUCUUUGGGAGAAAGGAUGACAGAAGAAAAAUUGGUGAGAAACAUUCUAAGGUUUCAACCUAAAUUUUUUGAUAUGAAGGUCACAAAUAUUGAGGAAGCUCAAGACAUCAUCUCCAUGAGAGUAGGUGAGCUUAUUGGAUCUCUCAAAACUUUUGAGUUAGGUAUUAGUGACAUAAAUGAAAAUAAAACUAAGAGCAUAACAUUUGUAUCCAACAUUGAAGAUGAACAAAACCAAUGUGAUUUGGAUACUGAUAAAGGAAUGGCCAAUGUUAUAAAACAAAACAAAGGUCUAUCUGUUUCUUGGUCUGAUGAGGACAACUCGGAAAGUGAACCUGAGGAGGAAGCUGAUAAACAUGUUACUGCUUUAAAUGGAAUAUGUGAAUCUGAUGAUGAUUCAUGUGAUGAAGAACUAUCCUGUGAAGAACUAGAUGCUUCAUAUAGAGAGCUUCGCAUCAAAAGUGAAGAAGUGUGUCUGCUGGGAGAAAAACAUAAGAAAAUUAUAUCUCAACUACAAGUUGAAAAAGAAGAUAAAGUUUUACAAAUUGGAAAAGCAGCUGGAGAUCUAAGAGGGAUUGGCUUCAAAAAUCAAUCUCUUCAUAGCCAAGGAGAAUCAUCGAUGACCAACUUUGUUCUUCCAGGAGAGGAGUCUAAACCUGCCAUGUCAAAACCUUUGUCUCAACAUCAUGCCAAUCAUCAGAACCUUCACACUAAAGGAAGAUCAUCUCGCUGGAUAUGUCACUACUGUGGAAAAUAUAGACAUAUCAAACCUUUCUGUUUCAUAUUAUAUGGAUAUCUAAGGCACAUGGCAGAUGUCAAGAAGUUCCUUGAAAACAUCAUGACAUACUCAACCGGCCAUGUCACGUUUGGAGAUGGGGCCAAAGGUGAAAUUAAAGGGGUUGGAAGACUAGCUUGUACUGGACUUCCAAAUCUCGAUAAUGUCCUGCUGGUAAAGGGUUUAACUGCUAAUCUGAUUAGUAUUAGUCAACUAUGUGAUAAAGGUCUUAAAGUUAACUUCACAAAAUCAGAGUGUCUUGUCACAAAUGAAAAAAAUGAAGUGCUAAUGAAGGGAGUAAUGUCUAAGGACAAAUUCUACUUAUGGUCCUCUAAAGAAAUAACCCACACUCAUACAUGCCUGAUAUCCAAAGAAGACGAAGUUAAUCUAUGGCACUAA